AUGGCGGUCUCUCACGCCUCGUCGGCGGCGCCCCUCUCACUCGCAGUUUUGCUUAAGGAGGAGGUUCCGCGCGACACGCCUUGCACGCUGGAGGCCCCCGAGUCCAUUUCGCGCGUCGUUUUCCCGCGAUUUCUGGAGUUUUUACGCGCCAAGUACCCCACCCAAACCUUCAACAUCCUCACGGCCUGGUCGCCAGAAAGUGCAGCACAGCAGGCGGAGAAACUCAAGGAUGUGAGCGUCGUCUUCAUCAUUGACACGGAUCCCGCCGUUUUUGCCGCAGUGUACGAACACGCAACGAAUCUCCGGUGGGUUCACAUCCACUCUGUGGGCGUCGACCGCUUCGCGCCUUUUCUGCUGGCCGCCAAGUCGCACAGAAAUCCGGCAAAGACGCUCGCCGAAGAUCCAGCGUUCCUCGUCACAAAUGGAAAAGGCGUCUUCACGCCUGCGCUGGCGGAGUACGUCGCGACGGCCCUGCUCUACUUCGCGAAGGACGUGCGGCGUCUCGAGAAGCUGAAAAAAGAAAAUGCCUGGGAGCCCUUCCCGAUGAGCCAGCUGAGGGGGAAGACCGUCGGCUUUCUCGGGUUCGGCGAGAUCGCUAGAGAGACCGCAAAGCUUCUCCAGGCCUUCGGGAUGAGAUGUACCGCCCUCAAGCGCACAGCAUCUGAGAAAGACGCGCUUGCGGAGCGCAUCUGGACGUCCGCCGACCCCGACGGCAUCGAGUUCUUCAGAAGCGCAGACUACAUUGUCUGCUCCCUUCCAGCGACACCUGAGACCACGCACGCCGUCGGACGCAAGGAGUUCGCGGCGAUGAAACCUUCGGCCGUCUUUAUUUCGAUAGGCAGAGGCUCUGUUGUCGACGAGGCCGCGCUCCUGGAGGCUUUGAAGAACAAGACGAUUGCGGCGGCCGCGCUGGAUGUCUUCCACACGGAGCCCCUGCCGGCAACUUCGCCGCUGUGGGCUGCAGAGAAUCUUCUGAUCUCCUCCCAUUGCUGCGACUGGGUGAAGGACCACAGCGCAUCGGACGCGUUCCGCGUCUUCGAUGAAAAUUUCUCUCGGUUUCAGCAAGGCGCACAGAGGCAGGAGAAUAUGUACACGCCUAUCAACAAGGCGCUGGGCUACUAG